AUGGUAGGACAGGCCGGACCACUGGAGGCCGAAAAGGUGAGGAGGGUGAUGACGAGAGGCUCACCCCCAACGACUCUAGGUGAAGAGGAGUUGGAGGAUGCGCCCCUGAAAGAAGGGGACUCGUACGUGGCGGUUGACUGGGGGCCCGUUACUAUUGUGGGGGUGUAUCUGUACCCCCGCAAAAACAAGGCUGGUCUCGGCGAACUGCUCCAUGUAACGGGGAUCCUGGACGAGGUCGGGGUGCGGCAGUGCCAACCUCGGCCAGUCGUGGUUGCCGAGGACUUCAACGCCCACUCCAAGGAGUGGGCUUGCAGUCCCCGGCAGAGGGAUCCCCGAAGGGGCGACGCUGUGAUCGGCUGGGCGGCGGGACUCGGCCUCCUGUUGAUGAACAGGGGGUCGACCAGCACCUAUGUGCGGCCGAACGGGAAGUUGGUCAUUGACUUGACCUGGGCCUCCUCGUCGGCCGCCCGGAUCUUCCAGGAAUGGGUAGUGGAGACCGAGGGCGACAACCUGUCUGACCACAGGUACAUUGUCUGGGCCCUCGGUUCCCAAGCCCUUCCGCAGAACUGCGAGGCCGCCGCCCAGGCCAGACGGGUGUACACCUGGGCCCGGCGGAAAGACGGGAAGGCCGUGAGGGAAAAGGAGGGCUAUCGCCAGGCGCGAGAUGCCCUCAAGGCCGCCAUAGCCGAAGCAAAGGCGGGGGCCUGGGAGCAAUUGGUGAGCUCCCUGGACGAAGACCCGUGGGGGCGCCCCUAUAAGCGGACGGUCGGGAAGAUACGUCAGUGGGCGCUCCCGCCAACGAAGUCGCUAGACCCCCAGGACCUGGAGGGGCUCUUCAAUACCCUCUUCUCGAGGGCGGAGGGGGGCCACCUGUGGAUCCCUGCCCCACGGUAUGAGGAGUGGACCGAGGACCUGGGGGUCAGUCCGGAGGAGCUCGCCAGCGCCAGGAAAAGGCUGGGGGCAGGGGCAAAGCUCCUGGCCCCGACGGCAUUCCUGGCUGCACCUGGGCUUUCGCCCUCGGCGAUCGGAACAUAUCCGAAGCCACGAGGGGUGCCGAUUUGCCUGCUGGAUGAGGUGGGCAAGAUGCUCGAACGCAUCAUCGCGGACCGCCUCGUCCAGCAUUUGUCCUCAAAUGGGCCGGACUUCCACGACAGGCAAUACGGGUUCAGGCCCGGACGAUCGACGCUGGACACGAUUCAGCACGUCCGGUAUCUGACCCGUGCCGUCGUGGAGGAGAGGGGCGGGGUGUUGUUGGCGGUAUCCUUGGAUAUAACCAACGCUUUCAACACCCUGCUAUGGCCGGAUAUCGGGCGGGCGCUUGAGCAUCAUCGAAUGUCUGCCUAUCUCCGGCGCAUCCUCGCGGCCUAUUUUGGGAACAGGGACCUCGCCUACCCGGUUCAGGGCGGGGUCCAGGGUCAGCGUCUGAUGGAACGCGGUGUCCCGCAGGGGUCUGUCUUGGGCCCCAUGCUAUGGGACAUCGCGUUCGACAGGGUGGCGCCCCACAAGACGGAGGUCGUCUUCUUUCACGACGGUAGCCGUGGGGCGCCGCCAGAAACCCGGGUCUUGGUGGACGGAGUCCGCGUCCGCGUCGGGUCCACGAUAAAGUAUCUAGGCCUGAUGUUGGACGGCCGGUGGGACUUGAGGGCCCACUUUAGGGACCUGGACUCCCAGGUCAGAAAGGCAGGCCUGGCUCUCGUCAGUUUGGUGCAGACCUAG